AUUGAUAUGAAAAAAAACAGAGGAAGAUAAACAACACUCUUUGAUGUUUUGAACCCGUGAAUCUCUGAAAAUCAUUUCUCUUUUCUGUGGGCUUAUUAUCGAAGGAAGAAAAAAACUGUCUUUUGGGUUCUUUACAUCUUUAUAUGUGUUUCUAUGUGUGUAUAUGUGGUGUGUUGAAUCAAAAUCUCUGACGAACUCUUUAAGCCCGAGUUCCAUGAGCGCCACCACCCUUCUCGACCGUCCGGUUACAUGUCGGCGGUGUUGAAUACUCAAGCUUCGGCAAGCGUCAAUCGUCUUGGGCUUGACAACGGUCAGAUUUCUUAUUCUUGGUUGUUGUUAAAAUUUUCUGGGUUUUCUCCGGAAUAUCAAUCUGAACUGUGUAAGACCGUGUCGAACGCAAUGAAUCCAUCGAAUGCUGGAAAUAGAAGUUCGGGGUUUUCGCGUACGAAUGAGAAUAAAUCGGAUUUGAGGUUCGAGAACCCGUCCGUUUCGCGAUCUGGGUCUGGUCUUACGAGGCCGAGGUUAGUGAAGGUGAGGAAGGGAUUGAGUUCGCAGAAUUUGAGGUCCACGGAGAUCCCUAAAAAGCCGGUUGACUUUGGAUACAAUCCAUUUCGACCCAUUUCGGAGAAUUCGCUCUCGGCCUCAUCCGGGUCCGAAAAGGGAUCAUCAGUUUCGGGUGAGUUUGGGAUUGGUAAGAGUGGUAAUGACGCAUUUGUGUUUGGCGUGGAUAAGAGUGAUUCAACAACUUAUGUUGGAGGCUUUGAAAAAAGUGUUGUGGAUGAAUUGAAGAACUUGAAGAUUGGAAGUGAGUUUGUAACUGCGAAAGACGAUGUAUUUGAUUCAAGUUCAAGUGCUAGAGCUGGUUAUAAGCAAAGUAGCAAGGUUGAUGAAAGCAUUAUGUCCAAGCUUCCGGAAGAUUUGAAAAAGUUGGACAUUGGAGGUGCUGGGGAUGGAAGGUUUGACCAGGAUUCCAGUAGUAUGGACAUGAGGCUCCCAGAAGAUAUGAAGAAUUUGAACAUUGGAGACCUUGGCCAUGAGAAACAAGCUGAGAAAGUUGGAAGUGGAAGGUUUAAUGCAAGUGGAAAUGAGAAUGUCAGGUUUGGAUUUGGGAGCAGUAACAAUGUUGGUUGUUCUGUUAGCAAAACCAUAGAGUUUGAACUUCGAAAUGAGUUGAACAAGAGGUUGAAUAUUAAAGAAGAAACUGGUAAGCCUGAUGGUGGUAGUGUCAGAUAUAAUGCUGAUGAUACGAAGAAGUUUGAAUUUGGAAGAAGUAGAAUGGGUAUUAAUUCAUUGGCCUCAACACUUCCUGAUAAGAUAAAGAAUUUGAACUUAAAGGACUCUCUGAACACCAGUUACAAAGAGAAUCCUGCCUUUCUAAGCAGUAAACAUAAGGGUAGUGAUUAUGAUGGAAGAAUAUAUACUCAUCUUCCAACAAACAUGGAGGAAGAGACGGGUAGCAGGACUGGGGAGACUCUUCAGUCAGAUAUGGGAACCGGAACAGCUUCUUCCAAUAUAUAUGCAAAGAACAUGCCGACUGGAUAUUUUGGUGGCAUGUUAUUUCAUAAUCUUGAUAAGACCGAACAUCAAGAUUCUGUCUUACAUAGCAGAAUGCAUGGUACGAAUGUGAGUGGAAGUCAAGUUCUGCCAGACCAACCAAAAGAUGAAGUCAAAAUGAGUCGAGGCAUUGCCUCAUCAUCGUCUUCAUUUUCAUCUAGUAGCUGUCAUGCUCAAACAGCCACGAACAACUUUGAAGUGCCUGCUAUUAAUACACCUGAAAAGAAGAAUGAAUUUAUCUUUACCAGCAAACGGGAAGGUUUUGGGACACCCUCUUUUGAAUUUAAAACCGCAACAAAUCUGUUUUCUGGGAUAAAUGAGAACUUGGAAUUUAGUGCAAAGAGGGAAUCCAUUAGAGACACAGGAAUGAAGAAAAAGAGUGGCAAAUCGAAACGUCCCACUAAUGUCCAGCUAUGGCUCGGACAGGAUUUUGUCUCUAGAGAAAGCAUUUCCCAGGACAUCCCUGAAGCUUCCGACUCCUAUUCGCCAAUGGAUGUUUCUCCAUAUCAGGAGAUAUUGGCUGAUCAUCAUCGAUGUUCAAGAGAGAAUUCUGUGACUUCUGAUGAUUCCCUCAGUUUUGAUAACUCUAUGGGAGCUGAUUCAGUACAAAAAGUCUCAAACGAUGCAAUCGACGAAGAUUUAGCCAUGGCAACAGGAAGAAUGGAUAUCAAUGAAGGGAAUGCACCAUCUGGAGAAACAAAAGAGGAACACUUUGAUCAUAAUGCUAAUGCCGAAGGCACUAUUGAAGAGUCUGUUUCUGGGGCUGAAACUGAAAGCUUUAAGUCUGCAACUGAGGAAGUAGACUUUAUUAGUGAUAACACAGUUAUAGAAAGUGAAGCCAGUUCAAGCUCAAAUAUUGAGGGAUAUGACAAUGAUGGCAGUACUAAAUUUGGUAUUCCUUCUAGUUCAGAAGGAUUAGGUGGCUCUAACUUCACCUUUUCUGCAGCUUCUGCUGCUCAAGGACAAUCACCCUCUUCGAAACGUCUCCUUAAAAAGAAAAACUGGCUCAAAGUUGAUACAGACAAUGCAACUUCAAAUGCUAAGAUUUCUUAUGCAACAUCCUCUUCGCAAUAUAUUCCAUUCUCUGGUGCUUCAUUACUUUUGUCACCGGCACGAGGUCAGAAAGGAGAUCCAACUAGCCUGCAACGGAAAAGUAGAGAGAAUUCCGAGGUAGGUAGAGCUCAGGCUGUCAACCAAGAGUUUGAUUCUACUUCCGCAGUUAAAGCUCAGGAAGCUUGUGAGAAGUGGCGACUAAGAGGAAACCAAGCAUAUACAGCUGGGGAUCUGUCUAAAGCUGAGGAUUGUUACACCCAAGGAAUAAAUAGUAUUUCUAGAAAUGAUACGUCUAGAAGCUGUCUCAGGGCAUUGAUGCUCUGCUAUAGUAAUCGUGCAGCAACACGCAUAUCUCUUGGAAGAAUGAGAGAUGCACUUGCAGACUGUAUGAUGGCUGCUGAAAUAGAUCCAAACUUUCUCAGGGCGCAAGUUAGAGCUGCCAACUGUUAUCUUGCGCUUGGGGAAGUUGAAGAUGCUGCACGACAUUUCAGGAUGUGUCUGCAAGCUGGAAGUGAUGUAUGUGUAGACCGCAAAAUUGCAAUAGAAGCUUCUGAUGGCUUACAGAAGGUGCAGAGAGUCUCUGAACGCAUGGAUCAAUCCGCUGAACUCUUGCACAGGAAAACACCUAGUGAGGCAGAGAGCGCUUUGGAAUUAAUUGCUGAGGCUCUAAAAAUAAGUCCAUACUGUGAAAAAUUACUUGAAAUGAAAGCCGAGUCUCUUUUCUUGCAGACUCGGAGAUAUGAAGAAGUGAUUGAGCUAUGUGAGCAAACUAUUGUUUCUGCUGAAAGGAACUCUCCUCCAGUGGAUGCUUCUGACCAGUCUGCUAAUAUGGAUGUUUCUAAACUUUCCAAGUACUUCUACUUUCGUAUUUGGCGGUGCCAUAUUGCUUUCAAAUCCUAUUUUCAUUUGGGAAGGCUCGAGGAUGGUCUUGCUUCAUUAGAAAAACAAGAGGAAAAGCUGUCAGCUACAUACAGGAAUGAAAGCAAAAUAUUGGAAUCAUCAAUACCCCCCGCCGUCACUGUGCGUGAGCUCCUGCGUCAUAAGACUGCAGGGAAUGAAGCAUUUCAGGCAGGAAGGCAUGCAGAAGCUGUUGAACGCUAUACUGCUGCUUUGUCAUGCAAUGUUGAAUCACGCCCUUUUUCAGCUGUCUGUUUCUGCAAUCGUGCCGCUGCCUACAAAGCAUUGGGUCAAAUUACUGAUGCUAUAGCAGAUUGCAGCUUAGCUAUAGCUCUUGAUGGAAAAUAUGCAAAGGCUAUUUCUAGACGAGCCACUUUAUACGAGUCGAUCAGAGAUCAUGGACAAGCAGCUCGUGAUCUUCAGAGACUUGUAUCUCUUUUAACCAAGCAAGUAGAGGACAAGGCCAAUAACUUAGGACCAUCUGAUAGAUCAAAUACCAGCUCAAAUGAUUUGAGACAAGCCCGUUUGCGACUUUCUGAAAUAGAAGAAGAAGCUAGAAAAGACAUGCCCUCGGAUAUGUACCUUAUCUUGGGAAUUGAACCAUCUGUUUCCGCUUCGGAAAUUAAGAAGGCCUAUCGUAAAGCUGCACUUAGGCAUCAUCCUGACAAGGCGGGUCAAUUUUUGGCAAGAAGUGAUAAUGGUGAUGAUGGGCUCUGGAAGGAGAUAUCAGAAGAAGUUUACAAGGACGCGGAUAGGCUUUUUAAAAUGAUUGGGGAGGCAUAUGCUGUGCUUUCGGAUCCUACAAAGCGUUCGCGGUAUGACACCGAAGAGGAGACGAGGAAUGCACAGAAGAAAAGACAUGGAAGCAGCACAUCUAGAACCCAAACAGAUACCCAAAAUUACCCAUUUGAAAGAAGUGGCAAUAGGCGACAAUGGAAAGAUGUUUGGAGACAAUAUGGUGGCACGAGCUCGACUUGGACAGAAGCCACUCGAUCAAAUAGAUAUUCAUGAAAACUAUACUUGGACAUGGCCUUGGUUUCUUGAUUCUGGAUCAACUUUUAGACAGGACUCUAGUUUGAAGAAGAUGGACAAUUUUUCCAUAGUUACCAGAGAAUGUGGCUUCAGUUUGAAGGUCAAACAGAAAUGAGGAAAAAAGUUCAGUGGCAUAGAAAAGGCGAAAACCGCCGAAUAAUCAUAAUAACGAGAGUGAUGGGAUUUGUUUCUGAGUUGUGUGAAAUAAUUCCUUUUGUUAAUCACAAAACCACAGAAAAAGAUUUUAUUUGUUUUUCACCCUGGGAAGUUGGAAAGGUAGCCAGAAGCUUAGAUUGAUGAUGGUGAUGGUUUAGAGGUGGGCUUUCUUGCUUGAUAUACUUUGUAAAUCUACCAGGAAUGUGUACAAAUGAAAUGGAAUAUAACAUAACAUGCAGAUGAGUAACACUUGAACCAGAAAUUAACUUGCUUCAGGAGCCAACUAGUAUCGGGUUGAAUGAACGUAAAGGAGAUUGCAGAGCUGGUCAAGUAUGGGAAAAGAGUGAUCAAUUUUGUGUUGUGUUUGUGUGUGUGAGUGCUUUUUUUUUUACCUCAUUGAAUUUUGAAAAGGAAAAAAAUGAAAGUUUCAUUAGAAUAUACUGUCGAUAUACUGAUUAUACAAGAGUUGAUAGCUUUUCCACUGUAUAGUUGUAUUUCUUUUCUAAUUACAUCGACUAUAUCGCACCCCAAAUUUUUUUAGAGGAAGUUCAAAGGAAAGAUUGAAAGAUUCUUAUUUGAUUUUCA